AUGGGUCCCUGUACGGCCUCCCAUUGCUGCUGUCUCCAUCGCCACACUCUGCCAUGUGCCACUUUCAGGUCUCCUCACACUCCUGCUGGUUUCCAUUUUGUCAUAGGUUGCUGUAUGGCCUCCCAUUGCUGCUGCCUGCCUCCACCGCCACACUGUGGCUCCAAACACUGGUUUUGGCCCCGUGACUGGCCAAAUGAGUGAAAUGUGCGGUGAUUCUAAGAUCGAGAAACACCCUUUUUUAAGUUAAAUUCACAGCGAAUAUAUU